AUUCUUGAUCCUAAAGACAAGACAACAACAUUCUCAAUCACGUUUACUUGUAUUAGGAUAUUUUGAAAAGAUUUCCAACUUUUGAAUGUGUUAUUUGAAAUUUUCACUGUAGUAUUUUACAGCCUGUUGGCCUAGAAAGCUUGAAAUGGAGAAAGAUGAAGCAGGUGCAGACCAAGAACAUGAUAAUAUUGAAGUUUCGGAUGUAGAUAAAAAUCCAGCUGAGAAUGACAAAAGUAAAGGCAUUACAGAGGGUGGGCCAAAACUUUCAGUUAGGAACAACAUUAACAGUAAACGUGUGAGAAAUGAAACAAUUAGAAAAAGGGUUACAACUGAUGUUCCAAUUAUAAACUGUAAGAAGAAAAAGAAGAUUUCUUCAAAUCCCAAAAAUGAUAAUGAAUCUCCAAUUCAAGAGAGAUCAAGACAGAAUGCAAAUAUUUCGGAUAUUGGACCAUUACCAAGGGAGGAAAAGACCAAAAAUUUUAAGUGUGAUAAAUGUGGCAGUCCAUUCAUUACCAACCCAAUGGUUAGAGGUAACAAGGUAAAAAAGAGUAAAGUUCUGCCUAGCCCAAGGCAUAAAUUGGAUCCAGAGACAAAAAAGAUUUUAAGUUUGUGCAAUGCUUGUGGGCUCGCUUUCAAUAGAACAAAAAAAGCAAAAAAAAGUAUUGCACAACCAUCUCUUGAGGAGAAGCAGAAAUACUUUGAUGAAGGGAAAAAAUAUGCUGAAAAUCUAGUAAAAGAGCUAGACAAUGAAGAAGCUCGUCGAUUGUACUGUACAUAUUUCACCAAAAAACCUUGCGGUUGCAUUCAGAAAUUUAUAGGUGAUGUUUUCAAUGUUUGUUCUAGCGAAACUGAUGAAUCGCUGGGUCGUGCCAAAGAUUUGCUAGAAGUUACAUUGAAAGCGAGGGAAUAUAAAUCUAUGAAGAUCUGUGUAAACGAGAAUGUCACCAAUGGCCAUGUAGAUAGCAACGAAAACGAGUCUUCUAAUCUGCAAAAGAGGCAAAGAAAGAGAUCGAAGAGAAGUACCGUUGGCCUUGGAAAUGGGCAGAAGAAAUCAAAGCAAUUCGAGAGCUUUGUUCUUGAUCAGCGUUCUAGACUAAAAGUGAAGUAUGGAUUUUGCGAAACAGGAACUAAAAGAGUUCUUCUUUAUUCCAACAACUUUUUACACAAAAGGCUGAAGACAGAUCCGGAUCAAUCGUGUCGUGUCGUGAGGCAAAAGGGUAAAAUUGCCCUUGGAAAACUGAGCUCUAUCGAAGAUCUGCCUAAAGAACAGUGUUGUGUGGAUAACUGUGUACGGAUGGCAUACACCCACCAGACGUUACUACAAGAAUGGCGUGACAGGUCGACAAAAGGCCAAGCCGAAGCGAGGCGGGUGAUCGCAGAAAUGUUAACUCCAUCUGGCGGAAGUAGAACGAAUUGUCACAAGUUUGUUUCAUGGGUUACAGGUCGCAGUUUGACGACCAUAGGGAAAGUUAAUGAUCAAAUGAAAAAGACAGGAGGAAAUAGAGAGCCCCCUGAACAUGGUCUGAAAAAAUGGUGGAAGAACAAUCCGAAACCAAAGAAAAAGAAACCAGAGGCAAAGAUCACUACUAAAAGCUGUGCCCCAGCCUUUAACCAGGACAGCACUACGCCAAUUAUAACUCCCUUUAUGCAACCAUUAAACAUAUUGCAGACUGCUGCGAACACUUCAGGGCUGGCAGCUGUUAUCCAGCCACAGCAACAACAAAACCAGUCUACUGGCAGUGCCCUUUCUAACAACGGCCCUGUUAUCACUAUACCACAAAGCUUGAUAAUACAAACCGGAAACGGUAACUCAUUUGCCAUUCCAAUGAGUGCCUUACAACCACAAAACUGGCAGCUACAACAACAGCUUCAACCAUGGCAUUUGCUGCAGCUCCAACAGCAACAACAGCACCAGCAGAAUGCACCGGCCGUUGCUGUUGCGCUUAACCCAAUCGCAACCAUUACACGCCAGGAAGCCACUGCUCCAACGAUGGUUUCCAAUGGUAACAGCCAACCAAAUACGUUCCUCAUAGCAGCAGCAGCAGCGGCAGCAACACAAAAUAUUAUGGAUACUUCUAACGAAUUGACACCCAUGCUAUCAACGCACCAACAUACAACGAACGCUUCGACUUCACAACAGCAACAAACAACUACCCAGUUCCUUCAGAUAGCGCCAGCUAAUCAAUCACCUAGUAGCAUUCUUCAGAAUGGACUGACAUUGCUUAAUAUUGCCCAACAGUUACCAUCGGCUGCUCUUGCGAAUGCAGGCACGUAUAGUAUGGCCUCGCCUGCAAAUCUAAGUGCAGCCUCCUCUGCAAGCCUGAAUGUACCAUCUACUGGAAGUCUGAACGUUUCCUCAUCUGCUAACGUUAACUUGAUUUCGUCAGGAUUACCAGUUAUGUCUCAAGUUUCGUCUUCAACUGAACAUCUUUUGCCAAAUGAAGGUGCACUGGCCAUCUUGAAUUCUGGGAACAUUGGACAGCUUCAAGGGGCCCAGCUCACACAGCUUAACCCUCAAAGCACCAACACUCAAAUGGUUGUCAACUCUCCUAUUCAGGUCUCAUAUAUUUCAGGGACGUAAUUCUUCAUUAUUGUGCCAAAACCACGCCUCCUAUGGCUGUCGUGAAAGUACGGGAUGAAAGAUAAUUGUAUCGAGGUUGCUAAGGGCCUCUAUACAACAAGCCACCAUAGCUCGACAUUUUUCAUACCAGUUAAGCUUUGCGAUCCAGAGUAUAAUCCUCAAGGCUCAGACAGAAGAUACUGGGUGUUGGUUUGUCCUAAUUGCAAACAAUGCCUGAAAGUGCAUUUCACUGGAGGCAUCUUUCUAUACCGUCUCUUGUUCUGUCCCUGGAAUGGUUCUUUUGCCUGUUGAAAAUCCUUUUUCUAUCAGGGCAAUAGACGAAACUUUCUUGGUAUUUUACGACAAACAUUCGGUGUGUACAGUGUACAAGGAAUUAAUCGACUGAUUGAAAGAAUAUUAGAGUAUAGAGGUUUGCUGUUUUUGAGGUCGUCAAAAACAAAUUGAUUGCUUUUGAACGUAAAGAGUCUUCUUAGUAGUAUUGAAGUUCUUUCUGUAAAACCAUGAGUUGAAAGUUUGAAAUUCAAAAGCCAUUUUAUACCUUAGCUAUUUCAAAACCUGAUGUGGUUCAGCUCCUCUGCCAGCCCUGUAAGGGUGGCGAUGCCAUUGCCAGUGAUAAUUAGGAAGAUCGUCCCUAACGAAGCUAUGGAGCAGGAGAUAUUAGGCUUCUUUUACCCCCUCAUUUCCACGGUCUUUUAAAAAAUGUAUAUUCAAACGUAUUAUUGUCUUCUAAACUUUGGUUCAUUCUUGAUACAUACUAUACAAAUAUUGUAUUUUCCGUUGAGGCUGUUAAAGACAUGGCUUGUCUACUAUGAAAUUGAAAUGUAAAGCACCUUCAGAAAAUGUUCUGCUUCCUGUCCAUUAAAAACCGCUAACUUUUCUACCUUUUUUUAGGUGAACAGGAUUCCUGUUCCUAUUUACAAGCCCAGAGAUGCUUUGCAUCGAGUUAUGCCCAUGACCCAAAAUGUGGUACCUUCAUGGUUUUUAGAUGAGAGGGCUUUUACGUUUACAACAAAAUUUGGAUUUCAUAGAGGAACGUUUCUUGAGCGAAGUUUCAGUCCCAGAUCUUAAAGAUUCUGGAUCAAGAGGGUAGAUUGGCCUAACAUCAGGGGCGUUGUAGCUAGGUGGGACACAUUGAUAUUUUCCGGCAGGCCCCCUUUCAAGUGAAUUUGUAAAACCCAGGACAAACAGGCCUCUGUGAAAGAGAUGCGUGGAAUAUGAACAGGGCCGCCGAGAGGGGGACAAAGAGGGGUUAACUGCCCCAGAGCCUCGAGGUCCAGGGGCCUCUUAAUGCAAGGAAUUCCUAUUUAGAAAUGAAUUUUAACGAAACGCAACAGCUUAACAAAUUGUAAAACGUGGUAAACGACUGCAAAAACAUUCUGAAAUGUAUUUCAAGCUAAUUUAAAGGGCGUGGCCGUAAAGACUUUCUACUUGCUCCGCUCACAGGGCACGUAAGUGCUCUAUCGCGUUUGUGUUUGUAUCAUUAAGACCCCGUUUACACUAGCACGUAUUCAAAUGGAUCCGUACCCAAACUAGCACUUAUAGGCUUUUCGUUUACACUAGACCUGCUGGAUCCGUACUCAUUUCGGCCUGCUAUCUGGACCUGUGUGGGAUCGCUUUCCAAGGUGUACUCACUUGGGUCCGUUCUCGUUGUAAACGGCUGGAACCGAACCAAACCAAGCACACUUCGGAUACGAGGCAUGAAUUUUUCUCCUUAAGAGGCCGAUUGUUGGCGCCAAAAUCUCGAAUUUCAUAUACAAACAAAAAAUUCUUCUUAUACUCACAUUGUUAGUGUUAUGGUUUAAUUCCUGGCUGCAGUUUAUUGCUUUUUUAUGUGCUCAACACAGGAUUCGUCAGUUGAGACUAGCUUUGGUUAUAUCUAAACAAAGCAGCCUGGGACUAGGCCUACAUCGUAACAUUCAACAACAGUGAUAUCGGCACCGCAAACUAAGAAGAUUCGGGCAAUGACCAGGAAGAACCAGCGUUUGAUAGUUCCUGAAGAAUAGUACGAUAAUUUUAGACUAACUACGAUCGUUCAUGCAAAAGCGAACAACUCACUUGAGAAAGACAGUGGACUGGAUCCGUGCUAGUGUAAACGCGAUCUAAAUUGAAUCCGUUCUAGUGUAAACACCAACAAAACUGGCCACGGACCCAAAGUGGUUCCUUACCCAUUUGUAUCCGUGGUCAACAGUCGCUCUUUAAAGUGAGUCAAUGGAAACGCCAGUUCAUUUUUUAUCGUUUCCACUGAGCUGGGUUGAAAAGAACCCAGGCUUCAAGUGUGUCCUCAGCCCUUUACACUUCUGGUUAAUCAGGUUUAGAUUAUCAUAAACAGAAACCCAAGCACGCAGAACUUUGAGAAAAAUCAGUAUUUAAAACCAUUUUUCUUGAAUUUUUUGAAUAACGCUGUUGCUGUUGCUUACAAAAGUUGGAUCAAAAGUUGUCCGGGUUUGGCGUUCCCACUAGCCCACAGGUGAGUUAAAAGAUACCUGGGUUUAAACUAAUCCACUGGGGAUCCGUUUUUAUCCGUUUUUCAAAUGGGUUAGUUUAGUGGGAAUGCAAUGCAAAAACGGAUAACUUUUAACCAGUGGUGGAAGUUCAGGCUUUCAUUUGGGGGGCCCAGGCCUGCAAUUUUCCGACAAGAUAGCAUCAUGGACCAUGUAUAAUUUUAAAGAAACUGCACAUUUUAAUAAAAGUAAUUGAUUUUUUGACGGGACUCUUUAGAAAUCUUGGCUGACCACGCCAUAAUUAAGUAGCAAGAAUAACAAUCCAUUUAUGAUUUUUGAUAUCAAGAUCGAUAUCUCAUCUAAGACAAUUGAUGAUACAAGAGGUAGACCGAUUACGCUAUUGACAAGUCGUACGUUCAUUUUAUGCAUUUUAUCUUGUUUUCACCAGUGAGAAAUACGUUUGAAAAUAACUUUUAUUUAGAAGAAUCCGAUGGAAAUUUUGGCUAAUCUUUACGGAAUUGAAAUUAAAUGUACAAUUCACAAGCAGUUUUGAUUUUGGUCAUAUAUUGUUUGAUUGAUUAUUAGUAAUGGCUAAUAUUUCAUCAGCUAUGCUAUGUUCAAAUUUUGCAAAAAGGGCACAGAGAGGUUAUAAAGGCCCCUGGGGUAAAAAAGGAAACGUGGAUCACCUGCGAGUGAAGCGAACAGAAAAUUUGACAAUUAGGCCCCUUAGAUUAGCUUAAAUUCACUUUUCAAAACGAUUCUUUGGAGUAAUUUCGACACGUUAAACGGUUGUCAAUUAUCCGACGAAAGCCCGAAUUUUCCGACGACGUCGUUGAUUUGGGGGAGGGGGCUGAACCCCCAUAAUUUCCGCCACUGCUUUUAACCCGUUUUCGUUUUAAGCCGAGCUAGUGGAAAGCCUGCCUCAGCUAGAGCUAUUCGAUAUGUGGCACUUGUCAUUAGUUAGUCGUAAGUUAGUCAGGUUUUACAGAAUUAGUCAUUAGCCUGUUGGCAAAACAGUCAGUCAGUCGGCUAGUCGAAACCCCUUCUUCACCCACAGCUAGCUUAGCUUCUUAGUGUCCCAAAAUCACCUUGGGAUGGUUGAGUUCAUCGAGAAAAGAAUAUUUUUUGCAAGAAUCACCCUAACCCUCCAUCACCCGAAAGUUUCACUCUUGAAGUUUUCGUAUUUAAGACACAAAAGAGUCGGGUUCUUGCCACCUAUACUUUAAAAUGGAAGAGGAUUGCCCUCCAGCCUCAAAACGCAAAAUAACUUCCUGGAACCAUACAAAAUUAGCUUAGGCGUUCAUUUUUUACCAUAUGUUGUCACUCUUUUAUCUGGACUACUUUCGUUAUUACGUACGCGCUGUACUAUGUGCACCUGUCAAUUACGUCACAGGGACGCACCCACCUUUUGGUAUGCCCCAGGCCACGUAUUGCGAAAUUGUGAAACCAUUGUAUUCAAGUGAAUAACUGUGAUUGGUUUUCCUGGAUACUUCCGGUAACAGCUUGUGAACUUGAUUGGCUCAGGAGGUUCAAAUUCGAAGACAUUUCCCUAGCCGAUUUGCUGAUUGGUUGCUUGUCGCCCUAAUUUUAACCUCGUUCACUAUGGGUUUCCUUUGAACUGUUGUUAUCUACCAUAAGUCAGCUCGACCUACUGUCCGUGCGCACAGCUUUCAUGUUAGUCACUGCCACAAAUGAGCAGCUACGAGGGAGCAAUUGGUUUGAAGUAUUGUUUUAAUCAUUACAUGAAUCAUCUCCUGGUGGGAAGAAGUUCAUAAGUUCAUCUUGGGACGCGUCAGGAUAAUUUUUUUCUACGCACCGAAAAUGGCAUAUGCUACCACACUUUAGCUGAAAAUUGCAUCGAGGAAAGCUUUGAAAUGGAAAUUUUACAGAACUUAACACUCAACUAUGUGUACGACAUAUCUGGGCCUUCAGCUCCACCCCCUAGUCCUAGUCUCGGAGGCAAACGAAGACACAUUAGCCAAGCUUCCAUUUCUUCAUUGCUCGACCAGUGUUGUGAAGAACUCAAAGACCAAGUCGAUAAGAUGGACAUUGAUGAUAGUUUGCAACAAAAUUCUGUUUGGGAUACUAGACUGCCAAUGAAGAGAACCAAAAAGGACAUUUCUGUCUCAAACAUAUAUUCAAACUGUCAGCAGAACUCACGAUUUGGGCCUAGGAUUCGGCCUUCAUCUAACUGCGGUUAAGAUUGGUCUUCAACUUUCGAGCAUAGGUCAAACCAUGAUUUUAGGUAUACCUAGAAUAACAAAAACUAUUUCUCGUGAUACAUACAGUGGAAUGGCUUAGCCACAUGUGAAGUCGGUCUGGAAGUGCUUUCGGAAGAUUUUAUCAGCACCCAGAUAAGGUAAGGACAUGAACUCUUGCGGCAGUUUGGUUCAACAAUAAUUGAUGGGAAUAUGACCUUCUGCCUCGUAUUAUUUGGAUAGACACUGUAGAGCAAUUGACUUUUUUAAGAUUUAAAUUAUUUUAAGUCGAUGAGUAAAAGCUUAUUUCUGGAGGAUAAAUUAUGUCGGAAACGCUUGGGCAUUCCCCGCUGCCCUCGAAGACUCGCUUCGAUUCCCAUGUCAGUUCGAUGAACAUUUUAACUGCUGUAUUUUGCCAUGCAAGCUAACAGUUUAUGAUUUGCCACAUAUGUACAACACCAUACAUACAUAAAGAGAAAUGGAUUUCUUACACAUUGCUAAUAAAGCAACAUGUCAAAAACCCAAAUUAGGUUUAACCUUUAUUCAUACUUUAUCGAUUAAAAUUUUUGCAGUUUCUUCUUUAGAAUAAAUUGUUGAAAAUCUUACGUUUAAUAUUCUUAGACCUCUCAAAACAAAGGAAACCCCUGGAUGAUCCUCUAAAACGUAGCUAGCUACAGAACUCAUGUACCAAACCUCAAUGCUAGCUCUGCUUAAGGGCAACCCUCCCAGUGAAAUGAAACUAAAAUGUUUGAAAUCAUGUUGCAUUCCUAUUUGAAAACGUUUCAGAAGAUUACUUGUAAUUCAGCUUUAGAACCAGAUUAUCUCGUCUAAAAAACAGAUUUUUCAUCAGCUGACUUGCACGGACCUGCCCAAGACAAUACCUUCGACAUUAUGGCAGCCAGCCUAUUAUGUAUGUAGGUAAAUCUCGGUUUUGUAAACCGCCGUUUUGAAUAUGUUAAAAACGUAUUCAUUAUGCCUACCAUUGUAUAAAUGGAUAUUAUUGUGUAAAUAGUUAAGUUUUCUACGAUCAGUAGUCUUAGUGAAUAGAAGUCGCUAAGAUUUCUUAGUUUCAUGUUGUUAUUGCCAUUAGGUACAUUUCAUGCAUCUAAACUUGGUAAUGCGCUAGUUUUUCUGUAAUGUAAAGGGCUUGGAUUUCAAUUCCUAGAGACGUUUAGAAAUUAUCAUAUCAGAAAUUAUAAUGUUACCAGCAAAUCUUGUUGGGACAUAAAUUGGCAGCAAACAACUAUGAUAGUAUUUUGCAAAAUUUUCCUUCAGUUUCAAAUAACCAUAAUUCUUGUCAAAGUUGAUUCCUUACCUGAAAAUUAGCAGGUAUUUGUAAGACCUACCCAGUUUGGAGAGUAUGGCAAUUUUGACAGCUGUGCAAAAAUGCCUGGAAAUGCUAGUUGCCCCAGAACUACCAACUUUUCAAAGCUUUAAUUGAAUAAAGCUAGUUUUUAGGUGUGCCCUCAACGUUACCAUGUCUGCAUCAUGGGUGCACCACCACCAUGCUCUGCGUAGUGGAACCCAACAGGGUUUGCAUGAGCAAUGCUUAUUCUUGGGCCAUGUAUUAGCUGAAAAGCAAAUGCAUAACUGUCUCUUUCCAAAUUGGUGUCAGUUGGGAAUCAAAUAUUUCUAUAUCCUGAAAGCUGGUUUUCAGAGACACAUUUCAAAGAUGGUAGGCUCUGAGAAUAAAAAUGCUAAGACAAGAUUAAAAAGAUAACUGAAAAUUGAUGUAAAUUGUAUUUAAAAUAUGAUACAUAGAUUUUUUCAGAUUUCAGCGUUGCCCAGCUUUAUCAGGGUUGAUCAUGACUAUAUUUGUCUAAACAUUGUACUGAAAGGGUACUUUUAUACAUGCAUACAUGUUGCCUGUUUCACUUGUAAAGUAUGAACAUAUAUUAAUAUCUAAAGUAAUAUUGAUGUAAGCUGAUCUGACAGAUAUUGACAGCAACUAUUAUUGUUGAUGUUGAACAACACUGGUCACAAGAUUUGUCACAUGCAUUACAGCUGUCAAGUGAUUAAGAUUUGAGAACCUGAGAAUGAAAGAAAGCUUGAAAAUUUGCCUUUGAGGCUGGCUUUUACAUGCAAAAUAUGAAAACUAUAUUUCUACUAAGUUACUGUUAUUCUUCUAGGAAUUAUUUCUUCCAGCUUUACCUUCUUAAUGUAUGAAUCCUUGAAAUUGAAUGGACAGUGUUAAUUUUGUUCACCCAAUGCCCCUGAUGAUGAUGAUGAUGAUGAUGCCUUUUGCCUUUUGUGUACAUAUCAGAUUGUUAUCAACCUAAAGUAUCUUAAAUUGGUAUCUGUAGAAUAAUAAUGUUUUGGAUACUUGCAAAGAAAAUUUGAAGUCAA